AUGGCCACGACCGUUGUUCAACAUCUUGUCCCUUCCGAGGGUCCACCAUAUUUUGGUUCGACACAAAAUCAACCAACCAAGAGCAUCACAUCACCACCUGCAUUGAAGAGAGAGGUGCUUGCAGAGCUGCACUACCACAAUGAAAACGAGGACGGCUCGCCGCCGCAUCCCACUUAUGUCGAUAAGCCUGAGACUUACAACAGACCGUUCGAGACUCAUCAAGUCAAGAUCCGUGAUGUGUCUGGGGAUGAAGAGAAGUACACUCUGGACCAGCAUGGCUUUCAGAUCCAUCGUCACCAAUCCGCUGAGAAACACUUCCUUGACGACGCCCAGAUCAAGUCGGGAUAUUAUAAGGAGGUAGAACAGCUGUUGAAGAGCGUCACUGGAGCAAAUCGCAUCUUCAUCUUCGAUCACACCAUUCGCCGACAGCCGCCCAGUGCCGCAACCCAGGAUCGGGUCUCCCACGGCCCCGUUCAGAGGGUUCACAUCGAUCAGUCGUACAAGGCCGCGCUCUCCCGUGUGCCCCACCAUCUGCCGGAAGAUGCCGAAGAGUUGCUCAAGGGCCGCGUGCAGAUCAUCAACGUCUGGCGACCCAUCAAAACGGUCCUGCGAGACCCACUUGCCGUCGCCGAGGCCGGCUCCGUGUCAGACUCGGAUUUGGUUGUGACGGAUCUCAUCUAUCCUAACCGGCGUGGAGAGACUUAUCAAGUCAAGCAUCGGGCUGAACACCGGUGGUUUUACAAAGCGGGCCUUACGCCGGAGGAAGUUAUCUUGAUCAAAUGCUUUGAUACCAAGACGGAUGGAAGGGCGCGAAGAGUGCCCCACACGGCAUUUGUCGAUCCCACCGCUCGACCAGAUGCACCGCCGCGAGAAAGCAUUGAAGUUCGAGCUCUUGUUUUUCAUUCUGAUGACCACGAGUAA